GGUAUGUUUCAUAACUUAAGUAUUUAUGAACAGUGUAUAACGUAGAGUAAAAUAUAACCAAACAAUGUGCAAUUCGUUCAAUCGCGUAUGCAUUAUCGACAGAUUUCAGGCAAAUGUUUGUUUGUUUUUCAUAUGGAUAAAUUGUAAAUAAUAACUAAAGAGGGUUUCCCGUGACACAUACGCCGUACUUAGCAACUGCAUCAAGACAUCUAUAUCAAGAUGUCGAUGCCACACAGCAGUUCCAGUACGACAAGUUCUAGUACAAAACGCAAGGAAAUAUACAAAUACCAAGCACCAUGGCCACUUUACUCCAUGAACUGGUCGGUACGGCCAGACAAAAGAUUCCGCUUAGCCUUAGGCAGCUUUGUGGAAGAAUAUAAUAAUAAGGUGCAAAUCAUAUCACUAGAUGAAGAGACAAGCGAGUUUGGCCCGAAAUCCACAUUUGACCAUCCAUACCCCACCACUAAGAUCAUGUGGAUUCCAGACAGCAAGGGGCAAUAUCCAGACCUUCUGGCUACUAGUGGUGACUAUCUCAGAAUAUGGCGCGCAGGAGAACCCUACACUCUCUUUGAAUGUGUCCUGAAUAACAACAAAAACUCUGAUUUCUGUGCCCCACUUACCUCUUUUGAUUGGAAUGAGGUUGAUCCAAACCUCAUUGGGACAAGCAGCAUUGACACCACAUGCACUAUAUGGGGGCUGGAAACGGGACAGGUGCUGGGAAGAGUUAAUGAGGUGUCGGGGCAUGUGAAGACACAGUUGAUAGCUCAUGACAAGGAAGUAUACGACAUCGCGUUCAGCCGCGCGGGCGGCGGGCGCGACAUGUUCGCGUCGGUAGGCGCCGACGGCUCCGUACGCAUGUUCGACCUGCGCCACCUCGAGCACUCCACCAUUAUAUACGAGGACCCACAGCACACGCCGCUGCUGCGGCUGGCGUGGAACAAGCAGGACCCGAACUACCUGGCCACGGUGGCCAUGGACGCGUGCGAGGUCAUCAUCCUGGACGUGCGCGUGCCGUGCACGCCCGUAGCGCGCCUCAACAACCACCGCGCAUGCGUCAACGGCAUCGCGUGGGCGCCGCACAGCUCAUGCCACAUCUGCACGGCGGGCGACGACCACCAGGCGCUGAUCUGGGACAUCCAGCAGAUGCCGCGCGCCAUCGAGGACCCCAUCCUGGCCUACACGGCGGCCGAGGGCGAGGUCAACCAGAUCCAGUGGGGCGCCACGCAGCCUGACUGGAUCGCCAUCUGCUACAACCGCCACGCCGAGAUACUCCGCGUCUAGAUACUCCGCCCCUACGUCGCCAAUGGUUUCGAGCAAAAUGGAAAAACACGUCUAACGAUAACAUUUCAGUAGCGUUGCUGAAUUUGACGCUAGUUCUGAUAGUGUUUUGGGUCAUAAUACAUCAUUCGUUGUGUGCGCCACUGAAGCUGUGUAGCGGCAAUAGACCAUGUAAGUUCACUUUUAGUUCUACCACCACGUACUUCGAUAACGCCUAGCUCCUCGCUUACCUUGUAAGCAUCUUUAUCCCUUCUUUUGACAAAAAGGCCAGCAGAAUUUGCGACGAUUUGGAUUUGUGGUAUAUGAUAGUAAGGCUCAGGACGUGUUUUAUGUAAAUGCAUUCAAGAGCAGCGGUAAUUACUUUGUACACUAUUGUCUUGCAAAAUGUACGUAAUCUGAUUGCUCUUAACACAUUCAGGGCCAGCGACUCAGCUUAUGGGUCAUGGUCAAAUAGUUUCGCACGGCCAGUGACUCGCAUGUGAGUCCUAAACAUAAACGAAACGUAAUUUGACGUAACAACGUAAGUAUCAUAUAAGCAAACAACCAUUUUUAUGAGGUAUAUUAGGAAAAAAAUUAUAAACACGUUUUUUUUAAAGCAAAAUAGGGUCUGAAAAAUCCAUAUUUCAAAGAUACCAGAAAAAUAUAUACGUAUAUUUCAGAAGUUAUUGACAUGGCUAUUGGUCGCCGUGGCCUGGCGCUACUUGUAAAAACUAAAAAUAUUUCAGGCUAAAAUAAAUUUUUGGCUAGUUUUUCAAGCUUAUUUCAUGUUAAAGCUUUUGUUUGAUACUGUACCAUUUUACAACCGAUUAUUGUUUGGAUGAUGGCAAGCAACAUUUAUCAAAUCGUAGAAUAAUAAUAUUUUGUUUUGUAUGAGGGGUAAACCGGGUAAGGUAAACCGGGAGGAAAUUCUCGCACUCUACUUUUAUGUCAUAAUAUUUGGAGAUCUGCACCGCCGCAUAUAACACUAGGCCCUACUCAUAGUGUUGUGUUCCUGCUGGUGAGUAAGGUUGCCAGAGCUCAACGAGGGUGUGGAGUGUUAGGGUCGGCAACGCGCAUGUAACUCCUCUGGAGUUGCAGGUGUACAUAAACUACGGAGACUGCUUACCAUCAGGCGGGCCGUAUGCUUGUUUGCCACCGACUUAUUAUUAAAAAAAUGUAUUAAGUAAUAAAAUCAAAAAAAAACAUUUAUAUGAGACAACACUGUUACAGAGGGUCCAUAUGUUACAAAAAAAAACUAAAUCUAUAACCUAAGCCUAUACUUUAAAAUAAAUGGCCUCUUUAGCCCCCUCCCUCCCUGCCCGCCUCUCCGAUUAAGUUGUACAUGCAGAUCAGUGAACCGGGCAAGGACGGCAGAGUCCAGCCUAUCUGCUAUCAUCUUUAGGAUCCCGUUUCCGCUCGCCAACAUUCGCCGUACAUUGGACGCCAAUUUUUUCCGCAUUGCAUAAAAAUCAUCAACCGCUGCGUCAACGAAUAUUCCCGAAGCGCUACAAAAGCAGGGGAGCCGAAACAGGGCCCUAAAGACAUUAUUAUAUUGCACUCUCAAUGCGUUAUACGCUCUCUGACUAAAGUGUACCCAUAAACCACUUGUAUAAAGUGUAUAUAUAUAGUAGGUAUUUUACAUAUAUGCAAAUUACCUACAGUACUAAAGUAAAAAUGAUAUUAAGAUUCUUUUUUUUUUUCGUUUCAAUAUAAAACAAGGUAGUUGAAACAGUCACCAUCCAUCUUGGUGGUUUCUGUUUCUACGGUAGAUUAGUAAGUAAGUACUAUAAUACAUUUUAAGUGCUCUACUGUUACUAUUUUAAUGACGUUUACCGAAACAAAGAUAAUGACCGACCAGUUGUAAGCUUAUAGGACGCAUUUGGACAAUAAACAAUGAACAAUGAAUGCAUCUGCAAUGAAUGGUAUUAUCUUUCAUAUCAUAUUUUUCACAAGAGUUCAAGGAGUGAUUCAUUGCAUCCAUAAUUAAUAUGUAGUUCCCAUAUUACUCCAAAAUACAUCUCUAAUAGGAGUAUUAGAGUCAGACCAAGAUAAGUUGGCAACGAUUCUAUUAGCCCAGCCUGUGCAAGUGUUAAAUAAACGUCAUAAUUUCAUAGAAGUUUGACGUUUAAAAUAACACAGAUAAAAAAGAUAUCUUAAUUCAAAACGCAAAACUCUCUUGCGCACGGUUGCUUAGAUAAAAUAAUAAAUUGCUUAGUCCAAUAAAUAUGUCUACGUAAUUUUUUAAAGGAGAAUAAAAAUUAUUUAGUUUUAUCUUUACACAUUUUUAAAGCGAAUGGUAGUGAUUAGAGUUAAUAUUAAUUAUAAAAAAAAACGUCUUAGCAAGAGACACAGCAUGCUCUUAAAAAACGGUUUUAUCUUGAGUAACUCUUCCUCAAACCAAAAAUAUUACCCAAUUCCAAAGAAGAAGAACCAAAAUUUUCCUUUAAGACUUUUAAGUUUUUAGGCAAGAGCGAUUAAUUCUUGGUUUAAUGUUUUCAAUAUACAGUCAAGAGCUAAGCUAUUUUAAAUAACCGGCCAAGAGCAUGUCGGGCCACGCUCAGUGUAGGGUUCCGUAGUUACUCUUCCGUCACAAUAAGCUAAACUGGAGCUUAAAGUAUAGUAAAUUGUUAACCAAGGGAUGAAACGGUACCUUUCACCCGAGUUAAACAAAAAGGCAAAUUUGCAUAAUCAGUACCUAAUUAAAGUAAGUCUUUUUACUAUGAAGGGAAAACUUUUUGCGAUAACUCAAAAACAGCGAAACUGAUCAUGACCGCUAUAGUUUUCAUUUAAUGUCUUUCUUAAGCUCUACUUCCACGAUUUUUUUCAUAUUUUUUGGACCUAUGGUUCAAAAGUUAGAGGGGGGGGGGGACACAUUUUUUAUUAUGAUUAUCUCCGAAUAUAUUCACUUUAUCAAAAAAUGUUUCUUGAAAACCCCUAUUAGUUUUGAAAGACCUUUCCAACGAUACCCCGCACUCUAGGGUUGAAGCGAAAAAAAAAAUCACCCCCACUUUACGUGUAGGGGAGGUACCCUAAAAAAAAUUAAAUUUUUAGAUUUCAUUGUACGACUUUGUCGGCUUUAUUGAUUUAUAUAUCCAUGCCAAAUUUCAGCUUUCUAGCACUAACGACCACGGAGCAACGACAGACAGACAGACAGACAGACGGACAUGGCGAAACUAUAAGGGUUCCGUUUUAUGCCAUUUGGCUACGGAACCCUAAAAAGAAGCACCAAAACUUUGGUUUGAAACUUUUAAGUUUUUAUACAAGAUACAUUAAUUGUUGGUUUGAUGUUUGCAACCUACAGUCAAGAGCCAAAUCUAUUUCAAUGAAGAAGCACCAAAAUUUUGCUUUGAGACUUAAGUUUUUACGCACGAGCGAUUAAUUCUUGGUUUGAUGUUGUCAAUAUACAGUCAAGAGCCAAAGCUAUUUUAAAGAAAAAGCACCAAAAUUUUGGUUUGAGACUUUUACAUAAAAUAGUAUCAAUAUAUUUGACGAAGAGGACAAAAGCGCUGGUGGCCUAGCGGUAAGAGCGUAUGACUUGCAAUCCGGAGGUCGCGGGUUCAAACCCUCUUACCAAUCGCGGGUUCGUACCAAUGAGUUUUUCGGAACUUAUGUACGAACAUUUGAUAUUCACCAGUCGCUUUACCAUGAAGGAAAACAUCGUGAGGUAACCGUGCUAAUCCCAAUAAGGCCAGGUUUAACCCUCUGGGUUGAAAGGUCAGAUGACAGUCGCUUUCGCAAAAACUAGUGCCUACGCCAAUUCUCGGGAUUAGUUUCCAAGCGGACCCCAGGCUCCCAUGAGCCGUGGCAAAAUGCCGGGACAACGCGAGGAAGAAGAAGAAGAUGAAGAGGAUUAUUGAAAACAAAGAUUUCAACGAAUGACGGAAAUCAUGUUGGUUUAAGAAAAUUAAUUCUUUAUUCAAGACAUACUAAACUUGGCGCUAAAAGAUUUCAGCUCUAGAUAUAAAUAAUAUCAUAUUUCACAUUGAGUAACGUACUCUUGAACCAAUACUUUUUCAUUGUUUUUAUGGAGAAAUAUAAUUCUCAAUUCAAUUAUGAGUAUCUAACCCCAAGAAACAAAGUUUCUUGGCACAAGUUCUUUAAGUAUUGCACUAAGACACUUAAGCUAGACUUUCGUGGCUAGCGGCCGAUGCGACAGCCGCGUGCGGCCGACCCUCGCAACAGUCGCGCGCGGCCGACGCGCGCGGCCGAUGCAGAGCUCCAGACUUUCAUGGGUUGCGGCCGAUGCGUCAGUCGCGCGCGGCCACUGGCAUUGGUGUGUGUCCGUCCAGUGCAGUUUUGUGAGAUCUUCAAUGGCUUCUAAAAAAUAUAUUUUGCUAGCGAUGCUAGAAGAAGAAGAGGAUGACGAUUUGUUAUUGUUACAUUAUUUCAAGCAAAGAAGUCAAAUUGAUCCAAUUUUCAGGAACAGAAAUGAUGAAGGAUUUUAUCGUAUUUUGAUAGAGAGACACUUAAAAUCUGAUGAAGAGAAAUUCAGGAAGUUUUGUCGAUUCAAUAAAAUGCAAUUUAAUUUUGUUGUGUCUUUAAUAGAUGACGAAAUCAAACCAAAAACAUAAAAAAAAAAACAAUCUGUCCCGAAGAUAAGUUAUAAUCCUUUGAAGAAAGGUCGUAUAAAAAAGUGUGCUGCGCUACCAAAUUGAUAAGAAUUUCUUCUUCUUGCAAAGAAAGAUGCAAUGUUCGCCAUUUUUGUCACGCGUCACACACAGACCAACCGAACACGCCCGCGCGCGGCUUGCGACUGUCGCUACUGACGCGAGCCGCGCGCGACUCGAGCCGCUACCCUCGAAAGUGGCGCCAUUAGUUUCAUACUGAUUAUUACUGACGCGCGGCAGAUACGACUGCCGCGAGCGUCAGCCGCGCGGGCCGCUAGCCCCGCUAGCCACGAAAGUCUAGCUUUAGGUUCAAUAUAAAAAAUACAAUACUUAAAACAAAAAAAAAACGCUCUUGGUGAGAAUAAUGAGCUUUUUAAAAAAAAACUUUUUAUAGCUCGGAUAGAGAAUUUAAUUUUUUGGCUUAAAUAAUAAACUUUGAAAUAUUUUAUAUCUUGACGCAAGAAUGUUAUUGUUUCCUUAUAUAGGAAACACAAAAUGUCUUGACACAAGAGUAUUUACUUGGCUGGAGAACUAUUUUUUUUCUGUGAACACUUGCACUGUUUGGGAAGCCGAAAUCGUUGCCAACUUAUCUGGGUCUGGCUCUAGAAAUGUAUUUUGGAGUAAUAUGGGAAAUAUUAUUUAGUCACGAUUUAUUCGUUGGCGACUUUAUACUUCUCCUGUGAUGUUUAGUGAUUUCGUAUUCAUACCUUGGCUAUGGAUUACCGGAAUUUGAACUCGUCUAACCUGACCAACUGGACCCCGAACCUGCUUCACCCGAACAACCUUCUUGAACGAAUUUCUACGAAAUUAUGACGUUUACUUAACACUUGCACAGGCUGGGCUAUCAAAUCGCUGCCAACUUAGCUUGGUCUGACUCAAAAAGCUUGUAUAAAUUAAAAAAUGUUCACUCCUAAAAAACUGCAAUUAUUAUUUUUUUGGCAAAGAAGUGGUUAGUAAACAUGGUGCAUAAUGUUGUUCAACAGUGGCUUCAUAAGGGCGAUUUAUUUACCGUGCACACCAGGCUCGAGACCCGUAAGCUGAGUCAUACGUUUUAGCUAAAAUAGUACAUUACGAUACAAGUGCGAAAAAUAAGAAAAUUCGAAACGAGUGGCGAUAAAUUAAAACACGACCGAAGGGAGUGUUUUAAAUCGACAAGAGUUGCGAAUUACCUAUUCGCACAUGUAUCGUACAACGUUUUACAGUACAUAUGGCCCUUUAAAUGUUCGACACAGUAACGUAAUAUGCUAAUUUUCGCACUAGUGCGGUAAAAUAGCACCAUAUGUACUGUAAACGGUUUUUAUCGUGGCUCGGCGUAUUGAGUACGCCCAUGGCACUCGUGGCCAUUAAUGGGUUAACUGUACAUAUUAUUGCUCACAUAUGUAGGCAAGCUCAUUUAUUUAUAGUGCAAUAUUGUAAAUACCAGCGUUCCUGUUUCUGAGGUUUAUCAUAAUCAUGUCUGCUUACUUCCUUGUUGUAUAUUAAACAUGAUGAUUGUAUUUUUUAAUAUCAUUAGCGGGACGACAAAAUUGUUUUGUUUAUUUGUAAAUAUUACGGAUGUAAUGCUAUUUAUACUUCCAUUACUUCCAUAAAAAGGGAAAGGAAGCCCAACAGCGAGAUGUAUAAUGAGCGUGUACUAGUGUGAAGUCGUCACAAGAUCCAAACAACCUAGAUGUAAGUAGUAGCUGUAAAAUUGACCGAAUUUUUUACUAAUGUAUUUAUUUUUACGUAAUCUCAGACAAAGCUGAUGGCCACCGUGAAUCCGUUAACGCGUAACUAAAAUUGCAUUGUUUUUUAUUAUUGCGAUACUUGCGAUAGUGAAAAGUUAGGAACAAAAACCCGACCAAGAGCGUGUCGGGUCACGCUCAGUGUAGGGUUCCGUAUUUGCCCGUCCGUUACAACACCCCAUCAUGUGAACCGCAUGACGUUAGGUCUUUCAAUAAUCUCCCUCGUAUAGUGAUGGACUGGUCUAAUUAACUGUUCCCUACACUGAGCGUGGCCGUUUUUUUUUUAUAACCUGGUAACUUCCAGAAUCCAAACUUAAGAAUUCAUAUAACUAUAUCACCAUGGCAUUAAGUAUCGUAGCAAUACAAAAAAUGCAAUUUUAUUUACGCGUUAACGGAUUAACUGCCUAGCUCUGAUUUCAGAAAUGAGCGAAGCGUGAGAUGGUUUGUUUAUCCUCCUGCGGUGUCCUCUGAUAGACACUUCCUCGUAAAAACCAGUUUAAUAAUCUUUCAAAUCUUAAAGGUGAAAACUGUAUGGUCUGAAGCCUAUAGACAAGACUUUCUAACACUUAUAUAGACUGUAGAUGUUUGAUAUAUAAGGUGAUACAUAUAAUAAUUCGGUCUGAAUCAUGGAAAUGACAGUAUGCAUUUAAAUUUAAUUUAAAUAAGGUCCCUGCCCUGAACCAAAUUAAUUCCAAAAUUGUAAGAUUGUUGUGUCAGUGUGUGUCUACAGAUAGUUUUCUAGACAUCGUAUCUCCUUCAAAAAACGGAAUAUUUGGAAUAUGUGUGAGGUAACAGACUCCUGUAGGCGUAGCGCAGUGGUGCCGCAAUAAUAUCUCGUCCGAGAGAUAGACUACCUGUCCUUUUCUAACUGUAUUAAUUAGAGAGGGACGGGUGUGUCGCGGACGAGACAUUUUCGCGGCGUUCCUGCGCUAAGCAUAGUGACUAACCUUGUGUUCCAGGUGUUUUAUAGAGUUUUUAAAAAGUUGAUAUAACCUUCCAUAAUAAUGGAACAAAAGUGACUGUUUAUAAAUAGCGAUUUUUAUUUACUGAGUCGUAAUUAUCGCUAUAUGUAAAACACUUUUGUGAAGGGUUUUUGAAAUGUGAUUAUUUUUAUAAAGGUCGCCUGUGAUGAUGUACGCCUGCAACAAUACUUAUUAAAAUGCAGUGGAGUUUACAUAUUAUCACACGCAAUCUAUCUCUAGCUGGGUAUUAGUAAAUUAUUGACUUUAUGCACUAAAGUGAGUAAGUUAAUAAUAAACAGAACAGAAUUAUUGUAUUAUUUAUAUUCAAAUAGUUUAAGAUUUCUUACAUAUUAAAUAAAUUAUUUGAUAGUACCUAAA